AUGCCGGAGGCUGUAGGCACAGCUCAGGCCAUCCCUAAACACCCAGCCUUGCCCUCAGUCCAAGCUAGUAACUGCAGUCAGCCUUUGUGUCGUCCCACGUGUCCACCUGCCUUAGGUGGAACUAACAGUGGUCUUGAGCCACCAGACGUCUGCUUGAGUCACCAAUCUGCAUUCAAGUGCAAUGAAACUUCCAGCAGCCUCCCAACUUCUUUCAGAGCAGAGAAGCUCCAGCAACCCGCAACUGCUUUUGGUCCAAUAGCAUUGGGCGUAGGUCCCAGUGGUGUUGAGCAAUCUCCAAUAGGCAUUCCAGGGCCAAGAAUUUCCAGCAGCCCCCCAACUGCUUUCAGUCCACCAGCCUCGGAAGCUUCCAGAGCAGAGAAGUUCCAGCAGCCGCCCAACUGCUUUCGGUCCAGCCCCUCAACAGUUUUCAGUCCAUCAGAGAGACACCUCUACAGACAGAACAGCACCCACAGCAGCAGUAAUAGCAGCACCAGCAGUAGCAGCAACAGCAGCAGUAAUAGCAGCACUAGCACCCACAGCAGCAUUAACAGCAGUAAUAGCAGCAGCAGCAGAGCAAUAGCAGCAACAGCCGUAGUAAUAGCUGUGACAUCAUCAGCAAAAGUAGCAUGA